AUGAUCGAUCUGAAGUGCGACCGGUUACUCUCAAUCGCUCUGUUUCUCCUUCCUUAAUCUAAUCUUCCGCUCUUUCCGUCUCUAGCUCCCUGGAUGUUGAGCUCUGGUGAUCCUUCUUGUUUGGGCUUUUAUUUGUGUUAUCCAGAUCGGAAGAGCAGCUCCAGCUCGUUGAGGGCGUCGAUCUGGACGACGAAGACGACUGCUUCGAAUCCAUCGACAAACGUGAGUCUCGUCCUCUGUUACUAUCGCCAUGAUCAUGUCUCCAACUGCUUGGAUGACUUGAUUUCAUUAUUGCUUUCUGUGGUUCUGGAGGAAGUCCGGCUUAGAACCUGCUGUCUGAUAUGUUUUCCUUUGAGAAUUGACUGUUUUUAUCCAGAAGCAGAAGUUUAUUUUAUGUUCUCUUCUUCUCGUCGAGUCUGUCUGUUAUCCCCUUCCGUUUGCGAAGUUCGUGUUUGAAGGAAGAGUGACGUAGAAUGUUAGCCGGAAGAGCUGAAUUUCCGUUCUGUCGGCAGUAAUCGCACAGGGAAUCAAUGCUGGUGACGUCAAGAAGCUUCAGGAUGCUGGGAUCUAUACAUGUAACGGCUUGAUGAUGCAUACGAAAAAGGUAUGGCAACGUGGAGACUCUUCUCUGCUUCAGAUGACUAGCUUUUCGUAGGACUUUCAACAAACAUUUGUUCAUUUUCUUCGGGCUCGCUGCCAACAGAAUCUUACGGGGAUCAAAGGCUUGUCCGAGGCAAAAGUUGAUAAAAUUUGCGAAGCGGCAGAGAAGCUCAUUGUAAGAGUCCCCGAUUUCAACUUGCCUUUUCCACAUUUUUUAAAUGAAGUAAUCUUCGUUUUACUUGAUUUCACGCUUCCACUGUGUUUUUCCACCCUUAGAACACUGGAUACAUAACUGGAAGUGACCUACUGCUAAGGGUAAUGAAUUUUUGAUAUCUUCACUCGGUGCUAUCAAUUUCUUUGAAUAUUUUGUUCGAAUGGAGAAAGUGUGCUACGGACAUAAUGUCGUCCAUCUGACGGUUCCAUCACAAUUUCGAUGUAUUCCUUUUAUUGCUAAAGCGUAAAUCUGUUAUCAAGAUCACUACUGGCAGCCAGGCACUGGACGAACUCCUCGGCGGUAAUUUCUGUUAAAUUACUCGAUUCUGAAAAUCAUAUUGAUCAAUUUUCGUUCCUUUUGUUUGCUCAUUUCGCUUCCUAUGAGGUUUGAUCACUUGCAGGGGGGAUUGAGACGCUCUCAAUAACAGAGGCAUUUGGUGAAUUUCGGUAAGUGCGUUUCAGUGAAGGUUGCUAAAUGUUCUCCGAACUGCUUUUUGCUUUGACUCAUUCAGUCCGUCGUUGACCGUACAGAUCGGGGAAAACACAGCUGGCCCAUACUCUCUGUGUUUCUACUCAGGUAAGUUCCAGCCUCUGUGGCAUUUAAUUUUCAUUAGGGUUGACUCAUUAAGAGUCGAUGGCAGGACGUCUUAAAUUCAUUUAUUUGGUGUGUACUCGCUUGAUCUGUUCCUCACAGCUUCCCAUCAGCAUGCGCGGUGGAAACGGGAAAGUCGCUUACAUCGACACCGAGGGAACAUUGUACCUACUCUAUUUUCCUCGUUCACUCUAUAUCCUUAUGAGUUUAUUCUCGUCCUACAUACUCAUUCCUUUCUUCUAAUAACAUUUGCGCGGCGUGGCAGCCGCCCAGAUCGAAUCGUACCUAUAGCAGAAAGGUUCGGUAUGGAUCCAGGUGCGGUCCUUGAAAAUGUAAGACUUAGUUCUUUAUCCUGCCUCCUAAAACUUCGUGCCAUCACACGAUAGUCGUUAGUUGGAUCCCAUCUAUCUGAUCGCGGAUGAAAUAAAUACGGCUAAUGGGGGUUAUCCGCCGAUAGGAAAACUGGUUUAGUUGAUACCGAUUUUUUUGUACUCUUUUUGCGGAUUCUGUUCAUCAACUGUUUGAAAAUUCUCUAAUUUGGUCUUUGUGUGAGGAGAUCAUAUACGCGCGGGCGUACACGUACGAGCACCAAUACAACUUGCUGCUUGGCCUCGCAGCCAAGAUGUCGGAGGAGCCCUUCAGGCUGCUGGUAAAUUCACCUCUACACAUGUUUCUGACUAGGCGAGUACUUGAUUUGGAGAUACGUGGUCUAUCCCUCAUUCUGGGUGAAUUUUUCCUCCGUCUGCGUCUCUAGAUUGUUGAUUCUAUCAUUGCGCUUUUCCGAGUGGAUUUCAGUGGAAGAGGAGAGCUCGCCGAACGCCAGGUGCAAGCCCUUUUGAUUCUUCGUUCUUUUCUACUGAAAAUUCGUAUACUAAAAUCUCGUUUCUAAUUCUUUUUUGCAGCAAAAGUUGGCGCAGAUGCUCUCUCGCCUGACCAAGAUAGCAGAGGAGUUCAACGUCGCAGUUUACAUGACGAAUCAAGGUAUGAAAAUCUCCGUCUGGCAACAACGAAAAUAGAGUAUUCGUGAUUGGGAUCGUCCAUUUUCUCUUGAAUGUUCUCGGCCGGGUGCCUCCUUUGUUUUCAGUGAUUGCGGACCCCGGAGGUGGUGUCUUCAUCUCAGACCCAAAGAAGCCGGCUGGUGGCCACGUGCUGGCUCACGCCGCCACCAUCAGGCUGAUGCUGAGAAAGGGAAAAGGGGAGCAGCGCGUCUGCAAGGUAUUCGAUGCCCCAAACCUCCCCGAGGCCGAAGCGAUAUCCUUACCUCGUCCCUUCGGACGUCAUAACUCUUUCAGUUUCCUUCUUAAAUUUAUUUGGGAUUCUCUUGCAGCCCUUCCCUUUCCUGCCGGGUUUCUCCUCUUAUUUUCCCGCCUUGCGCCUCCCAUAGGUUUCCACCACUGCAAUUAUUUAACCCGUGCGUCAAUGUUUUCUCUUCACAAGCAACACGUCUUCCAGAUAACCCCAGGUGGAAUAGCAGACGCCAAGGACUGA